GCGGAGAGCGGCCAAUCAGUGAGCGUGGUGCGGUGUUAUCACGGGAGUUGGGCGAAAGCUGCUACCUCCAUUUUGGAGUGGGGAGAGGUUGUCUUGUUUAUAUCACUCUUGAAAGGUCAUUGAGAGGGGGGCUCGGCUUGGUGUAGUGAAUUAGCAGUGUCUGUGACUUCGUAUUCUUGGCGAUUCAGCGCGGGUGCCGUCGGAGGAGAGACGGGCUGGGGGGGAAGGAUGGUGCAGUCGUGUUCUGCCUACCGCUGCCGGAAUCGAUAUGAUAAAGAGAAGCCCAUCUCCUUCCACAAGUUUCCUCUCACAAGACCUGAUCUUUGCAAGAAAUGGGAAGCUGCUGUUAAAAGGAAAAACUUCAAGCCAACCAAGUAUAGCAGUAUUUGUUCAGAACACUUUACUCCUGAUUGCUUUAAAAGAGAAUGCAACAACAAACUCCUGAAAGAAAAUGCUGUGCCCACGAUAUUCUGUUAUACUGAGCCUAAUGAAAAGUCUGAAGAAUUUACAGAACAGCCAGAAGACUUGUUACUACCACCACCUCCUGUACUACCACUACAUCCAAAUCCUUCCUUUUCUUUAUCUCAAAUAGAUGCAAAAUUUGCAAGUCCAAAUAUUGGACUAUUGAUGCCUCCUCUCCAGUCCCCUAGCAAUCUUGCUGUUUUCUGUGAUCACAAUUAUACUGUAGAGGAUACAGUUCAUCAGCGAAAACGAAUUUGGCAACUGGAGGAACAAGUUGAAAAGCUGCGGAAGAAGCUUAAGACAGCACAACAGCGAUGCAGGCGUCAGGAAAGACAAAUUGAAAAACUGCAAGAGAUUAUUCAAUUUCGGAAAGAAAAAAUAUAUUGGCAGGAAAAGGCUAUGUGGUUCUACCCAAUGACUAUUUUGAAAUUGUAGAAGUACCUGCAUAAAAAGCAUCAACAUCUGUGUUAAUCUGAAGAGGAUACUUGGCAUGGCACAGUUAAAGUGGAAGCUAAGUUUAAAAACAAAUCCACUCCAAUUCUAUAUGUAAGACUCUUCAGAAUUUUAAAAUAAACUGUACUAAAGAUUU